AUGUUUCACCACAGCACAAAGUUCGCUGUGGUUCUCACCAUCUUCAUGUUCUGUUCAACGAUCGCCAAAACCAGCAGCAACUGCACGCGCAGUUGCGGACAACAUUCCCUGCAAUACCCUUUUGGGUUCUCUUCUGGCUGCGAAGUCAAACUAAACUGCAGCAACAACAUCAAAGUCAAAAUCGGCGAGUUAGAGGUUCAGAAUAUAACCUCUGAUAGCAUAUUCGUCAGUCUUCCGCUGAAGUGCAACCGCAGCAUGGGAAUCAUAGACCCUCUUUUCGGUCACAACUUUGCUCCUACGUUAAACAAUAGCUUUCUAGUACAGGGUUGCGAGUCCAAGCUGGGUGACUGCGAUAUUCACCCAUCGAGUUUCGUUAGCGAUCACAACCUGGUGGAGGGGUGCGACAGCAAAAACAAAAGUGAAGAUUUUAUUUGCUUCACGCAGUUGCAGCGUAAUAGUUCGCGAGAAGAUGUGCUCGUGCAGCAAGAUUUGGAGGGAAUUGGGUGUCGCUUCUUGUUCUCUGCUCUUGCUUAUGAUAAGAGUAAAGUGAAAGAGCUUUCACUCCAAUUACAGUUGCUUGAGUUGGGGUGGUGGCUUAAAGGGCCGUGCCAUUGCUCCAACAAUGCAUCCUGCACGGAGGUCAAGCUUGGGAGAGGAGAACCAGGCUUCCGAUGCCACUGCCAUGAAGGUUUCGUCGGCGACGGUUUCAAAGACGGCGACGGUUGCCGGAGUACCUUAUCAGUUCCUGAAUGCAAAGCUUCAACACUAUGGUCAGGCGGAUGUAGAAAAGCAAUCAAAAUUGGUGUCCUAGUCGGAGGGGUCAUAAUUGCGGCUACCCUGGUGGCUGCUCUGUCUCUUCUAUGUUACUUUACUAGGCGUCGUUCCUCUUGGCUGAGAAAACAAGCGACAGUAAAGCGCCUAUUACGAGAAGCUGCAGGCGACUCUACUGUUCCUCUAUAUCCCUACAAAGAAAUAGAAAGAGCCACAAGUUUUUUCUCUGAAAAACAUAGGCUGGGAACUGGGGCUUUUGGCACAGUUUAUGCUGGACACCUUCACAAUGAUGAGUGCGUCGCUAUAAAAAAGAUUAAGUAUAGAGACACCAACAGUGUUGACCAAGUCAUGAACGAGAUCAAGCUCCUUUCUUCAGUGAGUCACCCAAACUUAGUGCGCCUCCUAGGUUGCUGCAUAGAAGGUGGAGAGCAGAUACUUGUGUACGAGUUUAUGCCCAAUGGAACACUAUCUCAACAUUUGCAAAGAGAGAGGGGUGGAGUACUUACAUGGACAAUAAGACUCACCAUUGCUACCGAAACUGCUAAUGCUAUAGCGUACCUCCAUUCUGCAAUUAACCCUCCAAUAUAUCACAGAGACAUAAAAUCCAGCAAUAUACUGUUGGACUAUAAUUUUCAAUCAAAAGUGGCAGAUUUUGGGCUUUCUAGGCUUGGCAUGUCAGAAACAUCACAUAUCUCUACCGCCCCACAAGGGACCCCGGGCUAUGUUGAUCCCCAAUAUCACCAGAACUUCCACCUUUCUGAUAAAAGUGAUGUCUACAGUUUUGGAGUUGUUUUGGUAGAGAUAAUAACUGCCAUGAAAGUGGUUGAUUUUUCGAGACCUCGAAGUGAAAUCAAUUUGGCCGCACUUGCAGUUGAAAGGAUUAGGAGAGGUUGUCUUGAUGACAUCAUUGAUCCCUUCCUUGAUCCACAUAGGGAUGCUUGGACACUCUAUUCUGUUCACAAGGUGGCUGAGCUUGCAUUUAGAUGCCUUGCUUUUCACAGUGACAUGAGGCCUACCAUGAUUGAAGUGGCUGAGGAGCUAGAACUUAUCAGACGAAGUGAGUGGGCAACUAUGGAGGAAACCAUAUGCACAGCUUCAUCCGUUGGGUCCGUGUGUUCAUCUCCUCGAAUAGGAACUGAGAAUUCACUAGGAGGUGUUAGUUUUGAGAGAGCUGCAGGGCAAGGGAGUGAGACAUUGAUUGUUCCACCCAAGACUGAAAUGUUUUUGCAAUCACUUUCGGAAGUGAAGGACAGCUCUCCUGUAUCUGUGCAUGAUGCUUGGCUAAGUGGAACUAGCUCACCUUCAACAAAUAGCUAG